GGAAGGAAGGCAUGUGUAUGCGCGUUCAUGGUGCGCGCACCAGCUUGAGUCUUGUGAACUUGUCAGCAUCCGAGUUACUUGGUCGAGCAGCAUCACACUUGCGGAAGGAUGCCGAUGAAAGCCGCGUCCUAAAUCACCGGAUCCUCUCUGAAUGCUUUUAGAUUCAUUUGGUUGUUUGUGUUUUUGCAGUUUUGUAGCCAUGUUUAGUUUAGGGCUUCUUUUGUGCGCAUGCCUGCACGUGUUCUCCAGGAUUGACGGCCAGGCGCCGAAUUGCCAGGAGGUUCGUGCCGUGUUCCACACUCUGCACCCGGGGUCCAAGUGGGUCCCAGAAACCGCCGUGUCAGGUGCUGAUCUGCAGGUGUGCCAAACCAAAGGCCCCACCUGCUGUUCCAAAAAGAUGGAGGAGCGCUAUCAGGUCGCUGCUCGUAGCAACAUGGAGUCCGGCCUGCAGGUCGUCAGCGCCCAACUCAAACGUCUCAUCAUCCAGAACGCGGCCAUUUUCCAAGAGGCGUUUGACUUGGUGCUGCGUCACGGCCGUAACUCCACGUUGGCCGUGCUGAAGUCCGAGUUCCCCGCUCUGGGAGGUGGCGCCCAAAGCUCGGUCGGGCAGCUCUUCCUGGACAUGUCCCUCUACAUCUUGGGCUCAGACUCGGCUGUGGACCACAUGGUAGCAGUGCUCUAUGGCCGCCUCUUUCACCUGACAUACCGCCGCCUGCUUGGGGGUAGCGGGUCUGUAUCGGAGGAGUGCGCUAAAGAAGCCUGGAAGGACUCGGGAGCUUUUGGGCCUUAUCCCAAACUCAUGAUGACCCGUCUAUCCCGCUCGCUCUUAGCAACUCGUGUCUUCCUUCAGGCGUUGAAUCUGGGCAUCGAAGUUGUCAAUACCACGGACCACCUGCGACCCAGUCGGGACUGUGGGCGAGCCCUUAUGAGGCUGUGGUACUGUCCGCACUGCCAGGGCUUGCUUGGGCCUCCGGCCUGCAAAGGGUUUUGUCAAGCUGUGAUGCACGGCUGCCUGGGCGGAGCCGCCGAGGUUCAGCCUCAUUGGAAGACCUACGUGGACGGCUUGGCCAAGUUGGCGGCGGCCAUGAGCGGGGAGCAGGACAUGGAGGCUGUUGUCCUCAGACUGCCGGCCAUCAUCAGACUAUCUCUCAAACAUGCUGUGAAUGCACGCAACCGUCUCAGCGGCGUGGUGAGUGGAAUGUGUGGACACUCUCCACAGCGCUCCGCCCGCUCCGUUGCAUCGCCUUCGCUCCAGCAUCCUCCUGCCUCCGCCGCCCGCAACACUCAUCCCUCAACAUCAGACCCCGAUGAGACCCUCGGGGGCCUCCGCAGGGAGUUUGUUUCCAGUCUGAAGAAAUUCAGCCUCUUCUACAGCGGCCUGGGGGAGGCUCUGUGCAGCCGGGAACCUGCACCGUCAAACCACUCCCUCUGCUGGAACGGGCAGGAAAUGACAGACAGGUUCUCCGGGCCCAGCCUGAAGCGGUCACACUCAGGUUCUGAAUCCCGAAGCAACAAGCCUCUGGAGCCCGUCAUCAGUCAGAUGAUCGACAAACUCAAGCAUAUCAACCAGUUGCUGCGGCUUGUGGCGGUAUCCGAGAAGCGCUGGAGGGCCCGGACGCGCGCAGGAGGUGUGGAUGGCGAAGAAGGCGAAGAGGGAUUUGAGAGUGGCGACUGUGAUGAUGAGGACGAAUGCACCGGUGUCUCUGGCCUGGGACCGCCACCACGACGCAAACGGUUACGCGUCUUUGCAGACCUCGCAGAUAACCUGGCAAUGGAUGACUUCACCUUCCAGGAGCAGCUUCUGACCCCUCGACUGGCCCCCGCCGGGGCAGGAAGAAUCCCCUCACUGGGAGCUGCAGUGCGGAGCUCCUAUCUGGUCCUGACAUUCUCCGUGACGAUAUUUCUCCUUCUGCUGUGUCACCACUGACCGUCAGCCGCGAAAGAAACAUUUCAAACAUGUUGUUUUUUAAAGCACACUGAUGAACUUGCCGUGAUGUAAAUACGAACCUUGGCCAUUCCCACCAUUACCAGAUGAGUGCCCCGCAGCACCCAAGCCCCCCCCCCCCCUCAUCAGAGAGCUUUGUCAUGGACCUGCAAGUAAGGUGGUCUGUGCUCCUUUUUCAAACGCUCCCAUUUUCAGGCUGCACUGAAUUAUUUAUUGCCUUGCAGACACAACAUGUCACCCGUGGUAGGAAACCACCUCCUGCCUUGACAGGUAAAAAACGACACAUUCUGUUCAAACGCCACUAAAAUGGCUUCUAUAUUUCUCUCUAUGUUGUUUCUGCUAGAGAUAGCCAAAUCAUUUCAGACUGGCGGCUCUGACUUGCCCAAAAGGGCGUCUUGGGCUCAGAGACGUCCCCUGUACAUGUGUGGGUUUCUAUGUGUUAGCAUCAUGUUUACAGCGGUGACAUACCGUAUGUCUUCUGAAAGUAUGAUUCGUGAGUGAAGUGACGUUGCGGGAAAAUACAGUAUUUUACGUGUUACUUUCAAGAGCUCCUUAGUUUACAAACUUGUUGCGUACGUGUCCCCAAAGCCAGACGUGUAAAUUACAGUCAUAAAAGGAUAAACAGGGGCCUAAGCCUACAUUUAUAGCUUUUUAGCCUUAUCUGUACAGUAGAAUUGUGUUUUUUUAUGAGCCUGUUUUCAUUUUUAAUGAGAAUUAUUAUUGUCCCGGUUAACAUACGGCCAAAGAGUGUCCAAACAAAGCACAACCUUUUGGUGAACGAAUGUAUUGUUAUCGAGCUGGUCUCCACCCUUAAUCCCGACCAAGUACUGGCCACCAUUUUACUUGCUAAUUAAAUACAAGCGACGAGCAGGAAUGGAGUGUAGCUCCACCUACAAAUACACAAGUAUUGCCAUGCAAUAGCUGCAUAAACCCCUCCACAAUCCAACCCAAGCCCUGACCAGCUGAGGACUAAGAAGGCCAAGCUUGGACACACUCAUUACCUGGCAAAACGCACAUGAGUAUCCAAACUGUGGCCCGAGGGUCAUCUAAUAAACUAAAUGUAGAUACUAAUAAUGAAUAAAAACACAAAGAUUCAUAUUAAAAUAUUGUCUAUUCUCGUUCUUGUGAACCCAAUAUCGUUUCGUAAAAUACCACUAUUCCGGCUAGUGAGUCCUAUAAUCAUCUUAAUUGUGUGUGUGUGGUUUAUUUGGUCAUAAAAUGCACACAAGUUCUGUUCUGUCCCCUUUCUUCCAUCUAAUAAGCAAAAAAUAGCUUCGGUUUUCAUACAUUAACAUGACUUUUUCGAAUACAUGACAAAACCGAGGCUCCACUCUUUGCUUAAAAUGUUGUACUCUUGUUCUACAUGUGGAAGUGUCAUAUCACGAGUUUGGUGUGUAAAACUCGUGAACGAUCGGGUCUGAAAAUGCCACAAGAUUUUCACAAGAUCUUGUGAAAACUUUAAGAAGUCUACGUAUGACAACUAGCCCAGUGGCUAGCGGUAAUCCGAGACCGCUGCUCAGUACAGUUUGUCGCGUUUUCUUAAAAAUGGCAGCCAGGAAGUGUUAUUUUCAGAUGUAAGACUUGUGUAUCUGAACCGGAGUUGGACUGAAAGAUGAAUUACCUUUUUUAAAAUGAGUGUUUUAUGAAAUAAAACUUACUAUAGUGUCCCCCUGGCAUGCAAUGUCAUUUCAAAAGCUCAUAAAAUGAGCAGGUUAGGGCCCCUUUAACAAAAGAGCGGGUUCCUUUGGUUAUGAUAAAUAAUAAUCAUUUUAACAAUUCCAAAAAUCACUAUUGUUUUUUUAAGGGAUCAAAACUCAAAUGAUCAAUUUGAAGCAACCAUUUUGUUUUUUGGCUUUAAGUUAUAGCCGCAUUUCCUAUUGGCAAAGCGAAGGCAAACCAACAUCCUGGAUUUAAUAGACUUCAGCUGUAGUCAAGUAUCCUGCUAAAGUUGGCACACAAACAAAAUGCCCAAACCACAGUUGCAGCAACUCACUUAGGCUGGUGGCAACUGUUUAAGCCUUGGCAGAGGUAUGCACUCUCUGAAUGAUUGUUAUUAUUAAACAGUAUAUUUUAGUUUUCACAUGCCUUGGUAGUUUAAUGAUUUGUCUUUCGUUUAUUGAAUUACUUUUGUUUGGUGUCGGUAGUGACCUUUGAGAUCCGGCUUACUUCUUGCUCAAAGUGUGAAAACUUCAAACUAUGAAGUUUUUUCCACCCAAAUGACAUCAUUUAACAACAGUGGCUCUUGUCCAUUUCAGCACGCAAUAAGCUGCCAUUGAAACUUGUAUUAGUAACAUGUGUUGUUCAUCAUGACAAUAAUGUGUCCAAAGGCUAAGCAGAAACUGCUGAGUGGUGUAAUCCUCGCUAACAUGCACUGAUUAGAAACAUUUCAUGAAAAUCAAUCAUGAAGGCAUUUUUAAUAUGUAUACCGUUACUGUAUGUCUAAUGUGAAUACAUAUUGUUGUACAAUUAUAAUGAUUUCGUAUAUAUGUUCAUGAUAUACCAUUUUAUAUUGCCAUUAAAAAAACAUAAACCUC